AUGAGACGAGAGUGUGGGGUGCACACCUCCACUCCCCCCCCUGCCUCAGAGACGAGCAUGGCCGCAGCCGCUUUCUCCCUCACGGACUACGUGGUGUUCAUCUUGCUACUGGUUCUCUCUCUUGCCAUCGGGCUCUACCAUGCGUGUCGUGGCUGGGGCCAUCACACCGUCGGCCAGCUGCUCAUGGCGGACCGCAAGAUGGGCUGCCUCCCUGUGGCGCUGUCCCUGCUGGCCACCUUCCAGUCGGCCGUGGCCAUCCUGGGCGUGCCGGCUGAGGUCUAUCGGUUCGGUACCCAGUACUGGUUCCUGGGCUGCUCCUACUUCCUGGGGCUGCUGAUUCCUGCCCACAUCUUCAUUCCCAUCUUCUACCGUCUGCACCUCACCAGUGCCUACGAGUACCUGGAGCUCCGGUUCAAUAAAGCCGUGCGGAUUUGUGGGACUGUGACCUUUAUCUUUCAGAUGGUGAUCUACAUGGGGGUUGUGCUCUAUGCUCCCUCGUUGGCUCUCAACGCAGUGACUGGCUUUGACCUGUGGCUGUCAGUGCUGAUGCUAGGCGUUGUCUGCACCAUCUAUACUGCCCUGGGCGGGCUGAAGGCCGUCAUCUGGACAGACGUGUUCCAGACGCUGGUCAUGUUCCUGGGGCAGCUGGCUGUUAUCAUCGUGGGGUCGGCCAAAGUAGGCAGCUUGGGGGACGUUUGGGCCGUGGCGUUGCAGCAUGGCCGCAUCUCUGGGAUCGAGCUGGACCCCGACCCCUUUGUGCGGCACACGUUCUGGACCCUGGCUUUCGGGAGUGUCUUCAUGAUGCUGUCCUUGUACGGGGUGAACCAGGCCCAGGUGCAGCGCUACCUCAGCUCCCGCACCGAAAAGGCAGCUGUGCUCUCCUGCUAUGCGGUGUUCCCCUGCCAGCAGCUGGCCCUCGGCAUGGGCUGCCUCAUCGGCCUCGUCAUGUUCGCCUACUACCAGAAGAACCCCAUGAGCCCCCAGCAGUCUCAGGCAGCCCCUGACCAGUUCGUCCUGUACUUUGUGAUGGAUCUCAUGAGGGACCAGCCAGGCCUGCCCGGGCUCUUUGUCGCUUGCCUCUUCAGCGGCUCCCUCAGCACCAUCUCCUCUGCUUUUAACUCCCUGGCAACUGUGACGAUGGAAGACCUGAUUCAGCCCUGGUUCCCUGAGUUCUCUGAAGCCCGGGCCACCUUGGUUUCCAAAAGCCUCGCCUUUGGCUACGGGCUGCUCUGUCUGGGAAUGGCCUACAUUUCCUCCCAGAUGGGACCCGUGCUGCAGGCAGCGAUCAGCAUCUUCGGCAUGGUGGGAGGACCGCUGCUCGGACUAUUCUGCCUUGGGAUUUUCUUUCCUUGUGCCAACCCUGCUGGCGCCAUCGUGGGCCUGCUGGCUGGACUCGCCAUGGCCUUCUGGAUCGGCAUUGGGAGUAUAGUGACCAGCAUGGGCUCCAGGGUGACACCCUCACCCCUGAACGUGUCCAGCUUCUCCCUGCCCAACAACCUGACCGCUGCCACUGUGACUGCACUUGUACCCUCCGCUGCCUUCUCUAAGCCCACAGGGCUGCAGCGGCUCUACUCCCUGUCCUACUUGUGGUACAGCGCUCACAACUCCACCACCGUCCUUGUGGUGGGCCUGGCGGUCAGCUUGCUCACUGGGGGAAUGCGGGGCCGGCCCCCGAGCCCAGGGACCAUCUACCCGGUGGUGCCACGACUCCUCGCCCUCCUGCCUGAGUGCUGCCGGAAGCGACUUCACUGCAGGAGCCACAGUCAGGACCUCCCCGUGGACGCCAGCCCGUUUCCAGAGAAGAUGAGGAAUGGGACGCUGGGGGGCAACAGGGACAAGGAGUCCCCUGCCCUGGAUGGCUGGGCCCAGCAGGGGAGCAGCCCCACCUUUGUCCUGCAAGAGACCUCCCUGUGAGGCGGGCUCAGGCCCAGCUGCUGUCCUCAGGUCGCCCGCGGCAGCCAGAAGCCACUGUGGAGUAGGGACAAGUCUUAGUGUGCUCUGCUGGGACGGCCCAGAUGACCCAGCGCAAACCAAAGGACAUUGUCAGAACAUCUCGCCUGCCAAGAAGCCAUGGAACCCUCACAUUUUGGGUGUGUGGGAAGGGCAGGGCUUUGCCUGGUGCCUUGCCUGUCUGCUCUCUACAGGCCAGCUUUGCCAGGGCAGAAUCGUGCCAGAAAUAGGGACAGAAGUGAACACUGCUGAGAGGAUGAGGGCUUCCCACCCAACAUGGCCAGAGUCCUCGGAAGUGACUCUUGAGGUUAGAACUGCCCUAGGCCCUAGUUCAAGAGCCACCAUCACCACCACGGAGCAGCUGCCUGGCCAGCUGUUGUUUUCCCUGCAGUCCCAUCCCAGUACCGAUUCCACCCACCCCUGUGGGCCCCUGUGAUUGUUUCAGGUGGUCUGUGGCGCCCGAGUCCCUCUCAUUCUCACCUGUCUACCUCUGUUCUUGAGAGGGAGGUUUUGGGGUCCCUGGGCCUCUAGGAACAGGCAGGCACAGUAUCUCCUUGUGUAGAGUGGCACGUGUUCCACCCCACUGCCUCCAUACUGCAACUGAGACAGACACAUGGGGACCAGGGCCAGGACCGUGUCCCUGUGCAGCAGCAUCCAGCUGAUUCCUGAGCCAGGCACCCUGGUGUCACUGUCACACGUGCCUCCAUUUCCUGUGGAGUUUCUUCCCCACACAUCUUCCUUCCUAGGGAAUAAAACAAUCUUUGCACCUGG